AUGUUCGGGACCAAAUUGACUCCCAGGACAUUUGCCAGGUCGUACAUUACUCCGUCCUUAGAACAUUUGAAAAAAGGCGCCGGUUUAGGUGGUAUUUUCUCGGAAAAGGGAUUACAAACUGCUUGGUUCGACAGAGCAGAGCUUUAUACCGAUAAACUUAACCAGUAUCUCAGGCACAGCGAAGAAAAACCAUUAGAAAGUAUAGUACACGAAUAUGCAAGGUCGGCAUCCAAGCGCGAAGUUUUCAACCAGGCUUCUCAGCUUUACAACUUAAGGUUCGCCAUGUCUUGUCUGCACGGCAGCGAUCUGCCAGCGGCUCAGAAACCAGGUCCUAGUGCGCUUUUGGAAACGCCGAAGCUGGAACUUAAUUACAAAAAUGACCCUAGAGAGACUGGUAACGAAAGAUUAAGUUCUGUCAUCGCUUCGUCAUUCGGGUCCUUGAUUGAAUUCCGAUCCUUGCUGCUCAACUCCAGCAAAGCUAUUUCCGGCGAUGGUUUCACCUGGCUAGUGGCCAGAAAAGUCAACACAUCUCAAAGAGAAUCGUUAGUUUCCGGUAAUGUGGAGUUUGACUGGCUAUACGUUUUGAAUACUUAUAACGCGGGAUCUCCGUUCAAUUUCAAUAAAGUUGGACACAUCUCUGACCUACAGAAGCAGCUCGCGAAACUCCAGCCCGUGGCGGAGCAAGAAGAACCCAAGGAAUCGAACCCACUGCAAAUUAAGUCAAUUCAAGAGGCCAGAGAAUCGGAAUCUUUCAAAUCUACCACAUAUGUUCCACUCUUGGCUAUAGAUGCUUCCCCUAAGGCAUGGCUCACAGAUUAUGGCGUUUUUGGUAAGGAUCUGUACUUGGAAAGAGUAUGGGAGUCUAUCGAAUGGAAUAUCGUGGAACAGAGACUCCCAGCAAGAGCCCCGAAUUACCAACUAACGUGA